AUGAAGCCUGUUUCAAAAGCUAUGCUUAAUGACGGGAACUCCAACAUUCUACCUGUUGCAUUCGCACUAGUAAAGGGUGAGAAUGCUGAGUUCUGGACAUUCUUUCUCUCCCACCUUCGUCAGCACGUGACACCGCAGCCGGGUCUGCUGGUUAUAUCGGACAGGCAUAACGGCAUCAAGGCUGCACUAGAGGCUCCUGAUGGAGGUUGGUUACCUCCAUCUGCAUACCGCGCAUUCUGCAUUCUACACGUAGCUGCUAAUUUUGCCCUAACCUUCAAGGGCGAAGAUGCACGGAGGCUUCUUGUGAAUGCGGCGUAUGCCAAUACCGAGGUUGAGUUUGAUUACUGGUUUGAUAUACUGCGGUCUGAAGACCCGACGAUGUGUGAGUGGGCGAACCGGAUUGAUUAUUCAUUAUGGACUCAGCAUCGUGAUGAGGGUCGGAGAUUCGGUCACAUGACGAUGAAUAUCUCGGAAUGUGUGAACUCAAUCCUAAAGGGUGUCAGAAACCUACCUGUAUCCUCACUAGUGAAGGCAACAUAUGGAAGGCUUGCCGAACUAUUUGUUCACAAGGGGAGAGAGGCUGAGGCCCAGAUGGGAACCGGACAACAACUCAGUCAACACUUGGUAAAGUGUAUUGAGGCAAACCUGAAGACGGCGAGGUGCUUCACGGUGACUUUGUAUGACAGGGAUAAUUCCGAGUUCACCGUGGCAGAAACCACUCCGACUGGUUCCUUCUCAUUGGGUAGCUACAGAGUAUCACUUGCCUCUCGAACAUGUGACUGCGGCUACUUCCAGGCGCUUCAUUUUCCCUGUCAGCACGCGCUUGCAUGUUGUGCCUACUGUUCACAGCGUGUACCAGAUUAG